AUGAGACUCUGGUCAACGCUCCUCCUCGCCGCAGCCCCGCUGGCUGCAGUGGCGCAAGCCCGCCGCGAAGCCCAAGUCUACCUGCACCCCGCUCCCACCCUCGCCGCUCACAAGGCCGCUCCAACCCUCACAUCGUCUCAGGCAGAGACUGUCAUCGGCCACCAUCUCGGCGUAGACCUCAGCGGUUCUCCCACGCCCCACGAUAAGGGCGUUUGGGCCCACCUCCUCCAUUUCUGGGAGGGACAGCAGCGUCCGCGCGUCGUCAUUGUUGAAGGUGUCGAUGCGCAGGUCAUUCUCCCAACGGCGCUGAAGAGUGGCCCGGCAUUCUACCUCGACGACGCCAGCGUCUCCUGCCUCGACCCGUACAUUGCCGCAGCGCGCGAGGCCCUUGAGCGGGUGAGCAAGCUCCCCAUCGUGAAGAACCUCCUCGACACGCUUGACCUUGCCACGACUCGCGCCGGCCGAGCACUGUCGGCCGAGCUCUCGGCCCUGGUUACGCUCGCCGACUCGCUCUGGACGUCUGCAGAGUCUACAUGGGAUGCCGUGGCAGUACGGCUCGGACGCGCUGAGCAUGGAUCCGAACUCUGGAAUACUGCCAUCACGGGCCUCAAGGCCGGGCUGGAGAGCAUGACGCAACCCAACUCUCCCCCGGUUGUGCUUGUCAUCAUGCCCGCCGCUGGCCGACACGGCCACUAG